GUUCUCAUGACUAUUGUUUGUUUCCUUCCUAUUUUACUUUCCAUACCGGAACGCCACUAUUCUUCCAAGAAACCUGGAUUAACUUUACUUGGUAGAUAUCGCUGUUGGAGAAGAUACUGUAAACGAUGUUGUGAUAGAAAUAUGUCUGGUGUUUGGUUGAUUCAGUGUCAGUAUAACAAUAACCAUAGUCCAAAUAGUCGUCGUGCACUCACUCAGGAAGAGGAGAAAAAGAAGAGAGAAGAUAUCAAGCGGAUGGUCAUCACAAGAAAAGAGGCGCCUUUUCUUGAUGGGAUGGAAGAUUUGUGGAAACAACCUUAUCAACCUGAAAAGUUGGAAAGGAUUAUAUAUGAUUGGUGGGAAAGUAGUGGAUACUUUCUUCCUAAUAACGACUCUUCAAAGACUCCGUUCACUAUAUCCAUGCCACCACCUAAUAUAACAGGAGCCUUACAUAUGGGACACGCAGUAUUUGUCACUCUUCAGGAUAUUCUUGUUCGUUAUUAUAGGAUGCAACAAUAUCCUGUUUGUUGGAUACCUGGAACGGAUCAUGCAAGCAUUGCAACACAAACUUUGGUUGAAAGAAUGUUGAAAGCACAACAAGGAAAGACAAAGGAAGAAGUAGGAAGAGAAAAGUUCCUUGAAUUGGCAUGGCAAUGGAAAGAAGAAAAAACCAAAUAUAUUACUCAACAGUUGAGAGCUAUGGGAAGUAGUUGCGAUUGGUCUAGAGAAAGAUUUACGAUGGAUGAGCAAUUAUCGAAAGCAGUGGAAGAAGCAUUCAUUCGUCUUUAUGAAAAGGGAUAUAUUUAUCGCGGUCAUUAUUUAGUGAAUUGGAGUCCACUAUUGCAAACUGCAGUUAGUGAUUUGGAAGUAGAAUGGGUUGAAGAGGAUGGGUUUCUAUAUUACUUCAAGUAUUGUUUUGCUGAUAAUCCUGAUGAAUAUAUUCCAAUAGCAACGACACGUCCAGAAACUAUCUUAGGUGAUGUUGCUAUUUGUGUGCAUCCACAAGAUGUUCGCUACAAGAACAGAAUAGAACAACAAGUAAUUGUUCCUUAUAUAGGACGUAGAGUUUCUGUGAUAGCUGAUGAAGCGGUGGAUCCCAACUUUGGAACAGGAGCUUUAAAGAUUACACCGGCACAUGAUCAUUUGGACUAUGAAAUUGGCAAAAGACAUGGACUUGAGCUGAUCAAUAUUAUGAAUUGGGAUGCAACUAUGAAUGAUAAUUGUGGUUGUUUUCAAGGUUUAGAUAGAAUGGAAUGUCGUCUCCAGUUGUGGAAUUGGAUGGAAUCUCAAGGACUUGUGUUGAAAAAGGAGCCUUAUCGUAUUCGAGUUCCUCGCUCACAACGAAGUGGAGAAAUUGUUGAGCCACUCAUUUCAUUACAAUGGUUCGUUAAGACAGCAUCUUUAGCAUUGCCUGCCAUGCAAGCUAUUCAAAGUGGAGAGAUUCGAAUUAUUCCUUCCCGUUUUGAAAAAAAUUAUUUGCGUUGGAUGGAAAAUAUUCACGAUUGGUGUAUUUCAAGACAACUAUGGUGGGGACAUUCUUUACCUGUUUGGUAUUUGGAAGAUAUGGAAACAGAUUCUAUGCAAGAUUCUUUUGUAGUUGCUCGCUCGGAAAAAGAAGCCUUGGAUAAGGUUAAAGCAAAAUAUCCAAACUAUUCAGAAAAUAUUCGAUUGAGAAGAGAAACAGAUGUUUUGGAUACUUGGUUUUCAUCAGGUCUUUGGCCAUUUGCUAUAUUAGGUUGGCCCAAUACGGAAACUUUGGAUUAUCAAAAGUUUUAUCCUAAUUCAGUUAUGGAAACUGGAUAUGAUAUUUUGUUCUUUUGGGUUGCCAGAAUGAUCAUGUUGGGUUAUGAAUUGACUGGAAAGCCACCCUUUCAUACUGUCUAUUUACAUGGCCUCGUGAGAGAUGCACAAGGACAAAAAAUGAGUAAAACAUUGGGAAAUGUUUUGGAUCCAUUACAAGUCAUGGCAGAUUAUGGAACAGAUGCUUUGCGACUUGCUCUGGUGACAAAUUGUCAUGCAGGUCAAGAUAUUUCUUUCUCAUUAGAAAAGGUUGUUGUCCAUCGUAACUUUGCCAACAAAUUGUGGAAUAUCGGUCGUUUUAUUGUACAAAAUAUUCGUCAACGAUAUAAUCAGAAUGAAUGGAUAGCGUCAUAUCAACAAAUGAUUCAAAAUCCUUGGCAAGUUCUUCAUCAUAUGGGACUUGCUGAGAAAUUCAUUCUUUAUCGACUAUAUGAGCUGAUUGCCCAAGUCAGUGGCCAUGUUGAAGAAUUUGACUUGGCAAGUGCUGGCAAUAGAAUAGUUGAAUUCAUAUGGGAUGAUUUUGCGGAUUGGUAUAUUGAAAUUGCUAAAACGAGAUGGCAAGAAAGGACUUUAUCUAGUGAUAGUAUUUGGAUUGCUGCACUGUUGAUAUUUGUGUGGGAUUAUUGUUUACGCUUACUUCAUCCAUUUAUGCCAUUUAUUACGGAAGCACAGUGGCAAUGGUUGAUCUAUCAAUGUGGUUUACCGAAAUCGGCAAAUGCACUUAUCAUAACUGAAUGGCCACAAAUGGAUCAUUCAUUAUUCAGUUCAGUUUCCAAAGAAAUGGAGCAAUCCAUAUCUAGUUUUGAAUCUUUCCGUGACAUUGUCCGUGCGAUACGCAAGAUUCGAGGAGAUUAUGGAGUCGCACCUUCUCAAAAGAUCAAGGUAACCAUUUAUCUCAAAGAAGAGGCCAAAAACUUGGCUAUGGUAUUGAAAGAAGAAUGUUAUGCCUUGAAAGUUUUGGCCAAGACGGAGAACACUCUCGAUAUUGAGCUAAAUGAUUCCGUAUUUACAACACCACAAGAAGGUCACGAUGCAGAUGCACUGGAGGAAUAUAGAGAUGGCUUUAUCUAUGUGCUCACUUCUCCUGUGAUCAUAACAGCAGUUGGUUUGAGAGGAAAUAUCGACCCUCAUAAGGAACUGGAAAGAUUAACGAAGCAACACCAAAAGUUACAAAAGGAAAUAGCGACGAUUUCAAGUCGCUUAGACAAUCCCAAAUUCUUACAGAAUGCACCAGCCCAAGUUGUGGAUGAAAACAAGCAAUUCACAUUGGGAUAUUUUUAAAAUGCUUGCAGUGGAAAAGGAAUCC